AUGGCCCACCGUGAGACACAGACGUACUCGCAUAGUCUGGCGAAAGCCGACGUCCUAGCGGUCACGGCCGCAGCGCCAAGCGAUGAUGGCUCCGUGUUUGACCUAGGUUGGAAUCAAAAGCCAGAGCACGACGCCAAACCUUGGAUCAAAGGCAUGCACAACGAGAAUGUCUGGGAAGUGUACGAACUCAAAAAGACUGAUCAUGUCCCCUAUGGAGGCCUCGAUCUCGUCGUCGCCCGGGAUUCAGAGUGCUCGCCAAACAAGUUGCGCAGUGAGGUGGAGAGGCUGUACAUGGGCAUGACGUACUUUGCCGCCUGGACACUCGAUUGUCUCAUGCCACUCCUCACCGUCGCAACCAUUGCCCUCGUCGUCUCGCCCCGGGCACGAGUCGUGCUCUUUCCGCCGGCACCGCUGUCCAUGGUCGACAUGACCACCGGCGGCGUGGCGAAGCCCAUGGCCGGCACCCUUGGUUCGACCGAUGCCGCGACCGGCGCCCCACAGAACCUCAAGGGUGAAGCUGCGGAAAACGAAGCGAGUAACUUUGUGACGAGGGCCGCCGCGAUCGCUACCAAUUUGGUGAUGGGACAAGACCAUCAUGGCGCGCCUUUCGAAUCAAGUUCACACUCCGGAACCCGUGCUAAGCCUUCCAGCACCAUCUUCAGAGGUGUUCCCACCAACCUUCAACUCGCUCUGACGCUGCUCCGCCUCGGUGAGGCCAAUCAAGCCCCGUUCCCACCUCCAGCGCGUGUCCACCAGCCUCCGCCCGAUGAACCCAUCGAUAUCGAUCAGACCGUUAUUGAUGCCUCGGUCGGUGAUCAGCCCCUCGGUGUCUCCGCCGAUGAGCUGCAGCACACAGCCGGAUACGAUGCUGCGCAGGCAGACCACGCCGGCGGCGGCGACACCGAAGUCGAGCAGGCCGUGGGCCACGGCAACAAGCGUGAGAGAGUUUUGAGUAUUCUCAAGGGCAGCGCCAAGGAAGCCGUCAAGGCUGCCGCAGGUGUCGACAAAAUCCGCGCAAAGAUGGGUGCCACCCACGCUAAGCAGCGCGUUGGUGUGCUGCCGCCAGUCAAGAAAGAAAAACAGGAGAAGUGA